AUGCCAAAAAAGUAUACCAAACAAUAUAAGAGAUAUCCGAGCGUUCCGAAUCAGAGUACUAAGCCAGCUGUUGCAGAUUCGGCGCAAAAACCAUCGCUCUCGGCCAUCUUUGGCGUUCCUCUCAGUCGAGAAGAGCUGGUAGAGACGAAACGCCGAGCACGAGGUGGCGGCUCUUUGAGCAAAUCUGUGGGUCCAGCGGUGCAAUCCGAACCAUGUAUGGACCCGGAGAUUGCUCGCUUCGUGCAAGAUCCGUCGAGAAUCACAAUGCUGCCGCCAGUGAAGGCAGGACCACCCGCCCCAGCAAGUUGGAUGGUGAAAAAGAGCGUCCAAGAGCCCGAAUUCAAGAGGGUCUUCAAACCGCAAGAGGAGGGCGUGUCAAGUCUUAAGAGACUAUGCAUCAAGAGCGUUGCGGAGUUCUACCCCGAACACAGGGCGCUGUUGGACGUGUACAGUGAGUAUCUGUCUACGAAUCUAGUGCUCGACAUGUUGCCUCAAAUAUCACAACUAAGCAAGUACACAGUGUCUCCCCAGGCAUACAGCUUGCUCUUGCAUCAACCAUCAUACCCGGAAAUUACCCACCUGGAUCUCUCUGGCCUGGACUUGAGAGAAACGAGGGUACUCGCUGACUGGCUGCUAAGUCGCAAGAAAGAGAAGGAAGAGGAGGAAGUAGAUUGGGAGGAUGUUCAGGAUGAAGAAGCAAAUGUCGAAAAGUUUCCCAAUCUGACAUCUCUGUGUUUGGCAUACCCUUCGCAUCACAAUACUCGUCUAUGGCCUAUGUUGCUGUCGUUAACGAAACAUUUCCAGCUCAGCAAGUUGGACAUUUCAGGAUGGCCUGCUCCUCCGAGAGCAGAGUACGAUAUCCGCAAACUGGCUCAACACACCUUGUUUCUCGAGGUUCUAGGAGUCAAUAAUUGUCCAUGGACUUCUUUACUUCUCAGUGAGUCGGUAGUUCCGUUGUGGAAAACUAGUUGGAUCAAAGUCAGAACUGUUCUAGCAGACGGUGAUCAGGAGGCUCUAAAGAGGGUCAGAGGACCCGGCCGUUGGUUGUCUAUCGAGAAACAAACGUCAUAG